GAAAAAUAAAAAGGGGAUAAGGGUUUAUCGACCUAAAGCGAAUCGGGUCGAAAUCGAGAGGCAAUUUUCGACAGACAUGGUGAUAGAGACGAAAGCCAACCAGCAAGCCGUCUCCGGAGAAGCGUCCACCAGCAGCCGAAAGAGGCAACGACGACUUCCCUCUAUUGUUGAAGAUGAAGCAGUACCCGCACCGGAAGGAGGAGUUGGCGCGAAUGGUGGAGGAACGGCGAGUGGAAAUCAGAUCAGAGCCGGCGAUGAGGUGAUAACGACGGCGGUACGAUCUGGGACGCUGCUCGAUCUAGAUCUUCUCGAGUGUCCCAUUUGCUGCCACGCACUAACGAUUCCGAUCUUUCAGUGUGACGACAAUGGACACAUUGCUUGCUCCUCUUGCUGUUCUAAAAUCAGCAACAAGUGUCCUGUCUGCAAAUCACCCAUUGGAAAAUAUAGAUGCAGAGUAUCGGAAAGAGUUUUGGAAGCAAUAACCGUCCCGUGCCCAAACGCCCAACACGGUUGCGCCGAGAAGUUCUCUUACGGCGCAGAACUAGUCCAUGAGAAGGAAUGUGCGUACGCUCUGUGCUACUGUCCUGCACCAAACUGCAACUACAGGGGCGUGUACAAGGAUCUCUACAGCCACUACUAUGCUAACCACAGUCACACAAGGAACUGUUUCAGUUCUGGCAUUUUAGUCAUUGAUCAAGGUUGUGAUGAUGGUGCAUUGGUUGUGGUUCAGAGUUUCAAGGAGCCACAUGGAGUGUAUGUAACUGUGAACUGUAUAGCACCUUGUGCUCCAGAAGUUAAUAAGUUCUCCUAUAAGCUGGUCUAUUCGCUGGGAGGUAACACUAUGAUGUUUGGAUCGAGGGAGAUGAAUAGGAUUCAGAAAGUGAGCUUCAAAACUCCUGAAAAGGACUUUCUGUUAGUUCCUUACUAUCUUCAGGGUGAUAAGGAGAUAUUGGAGAUGCUGGAAAUUUGCAUCCACUGGCUAGAAGAAGACGAAGAUGAAGAAGAAGACCAAGAAUGGAUUUCUCCUGUUAAUCUCUGUAAAUGUAAGUAAUGUCACUACUCUGUUUUCUGAGAAAGACUG